GAGGCCAGCAGAUACUGUACUUGGGGCAAGACAAAAUCCCUCAGUCUGUGAAGAUGCUGGCCCGAACAUCACUUCUCCAAGUAGUGCUGCUGUUAACGGAGCUGGCGGGAGAGGCAGCCUUGGGGUUCUCCCUGAGGUCCCUUCUCCAGGACCCAGAUCCAGAUUGGACUCCGGACUACUAUGAGUACUACUAUGACUAUGACAACCCAGAAGAGCAAACUAGCAGCCCUCCAACCUACAGUGAGAAUCCAGACUGGUACUACGAGGAGGAUGAUCCCUGCUUGUCCAAUCCAUGUGAACAUGGUGGCACGUGCGUCGUCAGUGGGGACACCUUCCAGUGCAGCUGCCCAGCCCCUUUCUCUGGAAACAGGUGUCGUAAUGUACACAACAACUGCAAUGACAACCCGUGUGGCCGGGGUGAAUGCCUGAUUACUCAGAGUCCUCCCUACUACCGCUGUGUCUGUAAAUACCCUUAUAGUGGUCCAGACUGCUCCAAAGUGGUUCCUGUGUGCAGGCCCAAUCCCUGCCAAAAUGGUGGCACCUGCCUCAAGAAUCGGCGGAGAUCCAAGUUUUCCUGUACCUGUUCCAGUCCGUUCAAGGGGAAGUUCUGUGAAAUAGGUCCUGACGACUGCUAUGUGAAGGACAGCUACUCGUACCUCGGGAAAGUAAGCAGGACGGUCAACAAGCACCCGUGUGUUCACUGGAACUCCCACCUCCUCUUGCAGGAGAAAUACAACAUGUUUAUGGAGGGUGCCGAGGGCCAUGGGCUGGGGGAACACAACUUCUGCAGAAACCCCGAUGGAGAUCAGAAACCUUGGUGUUUCAUCAAAGUUAGCAAUACAAGGGUGAAGUGGGAGUACUGUGAUAUAUCACCGUGCUCAGACACUGUGGACGCUGAGGAGAGCCCCACAGGCUCCCUGACUUCUCUCCCAGGCUUUAACUCAUGCGGGAAGACCGAGAUGGCAGAGCGGAACCUCAAGAGGAUCUACGGUGGCUUUAAGAGCACGGCGGGCAAGCACCCCUGGCAGGCGUCCCUGCAGACCUCACUGCCACUCUCCGAACCCAUGCCCGAGGGCCACUUCUGUGGGGGGGCCCUGAUCCACCCCUGCUGGGUGCUCACUGCCGCACACUGUACCACUAACUUGAAAGCCAGACAUCUAAGAGUGGUGCUGGGGAAACAAGACCUGAAGAAGACAGAGUUCCACGAGCAGACCUUCGGGGUGGAGAAGAUCAUCCCGCACAACCACUACGAUGAGAAUGAUGACAUUCCUCACAAUGACAUCGCUUUGCUCAAGCUAAAGCCCGUGGAUGGGCACUGUGCCCUGGAAUCCAAGUAUGUGAAGACCGUGUGUUUGCCUGAGAGUAACUUUCCCUCGGGGACAGAGUGCCAUAUCUCUGGCUGGGGCAUCACAGAAACAGGACGUGGGUCCCGCCAGCUCCUAGAUGCCAAAGUGAAGCUGAUCACCAACAAGGUAUGCAAUGCCCGCCGACUCUACAACCAACAGGUCGAUAACAGCAUGAUCUGUGCAGGAAACCUGCAGAAGCCUGGCACGGACACCUGCCAGGGGGACUCCGGGGGCCCUCUGACCUGCGAGAGGGAUGGCACCUACUACGUCAGUGGGAUCGUGAGCUGGGGCAUGGACUGUGGGACGAAGCCGGGCGUCUACACCCAAGUGACCAAGUUCCUCAACUGGAUCAAAGCCACCAUCCACCAGGAGAGCUGAUGAGGCAUCCUGCGAAGCCCAGAGCCGGCCCUCUUCAGCCCUCGGGGAGGCGAGACGAGGCAGGGGGCCCUGUGGCAGGCAACAGUGCUCUAAGCAGAGACUCCUGCCCCCAGCCUGGGGGGUGGAUGGGGGCUGGGGCAGCCCCUCACCAGUCAUCCGCCUCCUCCCACCCGACUCCCCCAGGAAACUGCAGAA